AGAGAAUAUAAGUGAUGUAUUUAUUUUCUUGACAUGGCAGAUGACGAACUUUCCAAAUUCGCUAGUAACAUAGAAGACAUAAUAAAUGUAUUAACUGAAGAAGAAAUUUUAUCAUUAGCAACAACAAUAUCAAGCGGACUUCUUAAAAAUAAAAUCAGCUCAAGACAAGAUGCCUUGAAAGUAAUAUUGAAUUAUUCUGAAGAUAUAACGAGCAUCCUACGUAGAAAAGUUUUUACCAGAGAAAAAUUGUUAUCUUACUUGUAUGACAAAAACAUUUCUGUAAAAUUGCCAAUAACGAAACCUGAAAUCAUAGAAAAGAUUUUGGAAUCAUGGACUAAUGAGAACAGCCUGAAUGAACCAAGUGAAUUGCCUGACAGAAUUGACCCCCACACAGCAGGGUGUAGUCAACCUACAAGCGAUGAGAUGGGAGUAGUUCAAAACCAAAAAAUCAUCAAUACAACUUCUGAUAGUGCUUUUAUAAUUGAAAAAUCAGGUCAACUUUAUGAUGUGAAUGUCGAAAAGACAGUAAAACUCUUAGCAGAACAAUUCAGUGAUUGGUUUUAUAGAUUAUUAAAUGGGAAUGAACUUACUCCAGAACAUUUUUAUCCAGAUGGAGUGUUAAAUCUGGCAGUUGUAAUAAAUGGAGAUACAAGUACUAAAAAUAUUUGUAGUGAUCCAAAGGCUAUCACAGAAACCCUCAUAAGUACUAAAAAUCAGUAUAAUUUAUUUUUUAACCCAAACUUGAUGGCAGAUAGUUUGAAAGUUCAAAUGGAUGCUCAUGGGUUAGUUAUGGUUAUAGUUGGAGGGACUUUACAUAUAAAUAGUGUUUGUGUGGGUGUGUUCGAGCAAAUGUUUGCCUUAGCUAGGGAUCCUUUUGCAGAAAAUAAUUGGAAAAUUAAAAGGACCGAUUUGAAUCUAACAAAUGGUACAAAUAGAUUAGAAGGUAAUAAAAAUGUGGAUUUUUAUUGUGAAAAGGCUUUAGAAUAACAACCAAAAUCCAUUCAGUUAUUAUAAUUUUGUGAGAUAUUCAUUGAUAUGUAAAUAUCAAAACUAAUUAACAUUACUCUGGUCAUAGUUCUUGCCAUUCUUUUAGGAGAAUGGUAACUAGUUAAUUCAAAUGUAAAACUUUACUGCAAUAAUAUUAUUUAUUUAAAACAGAAUAAAUAUUUUUUUUU